GCGGGACAUGAGAUGCAUCGUUGUCUGGAUCAUGGUGUGGGCUGCAGUAUAAAGGCGAGAGGAAAGUGUCAUAUUUCCACUCAACUCAACAGAAGAUAAACCAUCAUCAAGCCUUAGCACUCUCCUCACUACAAACAUGAAAUUCAUCUCACUCACUUCUAUGAUCGUGUCUGUUGCGGUAAUGGCUGGCGUAGCCACCGCGUACAACCCUAUCGGCCAGCCUUGCGACACCCCAGGUGGUUAUGGGUGCUCACAGGACGCGAGUCUUAACGGCGGGAACGCGUUCAUCUACGAAUGUGCAUCUACAGACGAGUUCGUAUAUGUUGCAGGCUGCGCUUGCCCCACUUGCUGCGAAGCGUUAGCCAGCGGUGCGUACUGCACGUAAAAUAGUUGUGCUUGGAAUAGACACGUGAG